AGCUAGCUAGGGGCUGAGGUAGAAACAGAAAGGGAAAGAUUGUGAGCUGAAGUCCUACGGUGACGGUGCAGUACACGGUUAUUAUUUCUUUUCCAAAUAGAUACUGUUUUUAGCUGUAGUAUCAAAAGAAGGACAUCAUCUUUACCCAGCAAACCAGUCAUUGACUGUUGUCUGAAGACGAUAUUGGACUCAUCAGGUUUUCAAGCCCUGCAACAAAAGACGAAAAGCCUGCUUCUAAGGGACUGGCUGUCCCGUUAGUCAGCUGAAGAUAAUAGCUGCCUAACGUGUUUAGAACGAUAUUUAGUUACAUCGGAUCGUGUGUCUUUCAGCUCAGACAGAAUGACGUCUAGGAAGAAAGUUCUACUCAAAGUGAUCAUCCUGGGAGACUCUGGAGUUGGGAAGACCUCUCUUAUGAAUCAGUAUGUGAAUAAGAAGUUUAGCAAUCAGUAUAAAGCAACAAUAGGAGCUGAUUUCUUGACAAAAGAGGUGAUGGUGGAUGACCGACUCGUCACAAUGCAGAUAUGGGAUACUGCAGGCCAGGAACGAUUCCAGUCCCUAGGAGUAGCAUUCUACCGCGGUGCAGACUGCUGCGUUUUGGUGUUCGAUGUGACCGCUCCAAACACUUUUAAGACCCUAGACAGCUGGAGAGAUGAGUUCCUGAUUCAGGCCAGCCCACGUGACCCAGAGAACUUCCCCUUUGUGGUGCUUGGCAACAAGAUAGACCUAGAGAACAGACAGGUGACUACUAAGCGAGCACAGGCAUGGUGCCAGAGCAAGAACAACAUCCCAUACUUUGAGACGAGCGCUAAGGAAGCCAUUAAUGUGGAACAAGCCUUCCAGACCAUAGCACGCAAUGCCCUUAAGCAGGAAACAGAGGUGGAGCUGUACAAUGAGUUCCCUGAGCCUAUCAAACUGGACAGAAACGAGCGGGCCAAGCCAUCAGCGGAGACAUGCAGCUGCUGAGAAUCCUGGAACCCUUGGUGGUGGGGGGGUCUGUUGUAGACCCCCCCACACCCUCUCUGGCCUUGUCUCUCCCCUCUGCCACCCCCACACAAUCUCUCUCUCUCCUUACCCU